AUGACCGAACACAAUCAUGUUGGCCAAUACUAUAGCAACAUCGAUUGGACCCAUCAUCAACUGAUGUACACGUUUGUCACACGUCACAGGAUUGUUAAAGCAUUCAAUCAACUACAGCCGCCCUUCCCUCGCACUGGAGCCAGUUCAGCCAUCCUCCGUUCACUGAUCAAUCCACCAACUAUGUUCUUCUUCGGAGGAUCAAGCAUUCAAAAUCAACACAACGAUCUGUACCGCUUCACCUUUGAUCCCAAUGACUCCAAACCCAGCCUGACUGCUGGGAUUGUCAACACACGUGGACAAGCCCCCGCGCCGCGAUCUCAUGCUAUUCUCUCUGCGACUGAUGGCCACCUUUUUCUUUGGGGUGGUCAGACCAAUUCCAAUGUUCUAGACCACCAUCUCUACCGCCUUUCCCUAUCAACAAACUACUGGAAUCACUACAUCAUAUCCGGACCCUCCCCAGCUCUUUUGUUUGGUUCAUCUUCUACGAUUUUUGAAGGCUUUCUCUAUGUUUAUGCCGGCCAUGAUGUUAAUCGAUCUGUCCAAGGUGAUAUGUGGCGGAUUGAAUUAGACAGUUUACCUUCUGUCCCGUCUUGGGAGUUAAUCUCGUCCUCCAAAGAUCAAAUCUGUCCUCCUGCUCGUACAAGCCACUCUGCGGUAGUUUCUUCAAACUCCUGGAUCAUCUUCGGUGGAACAGACGGCGUCGACGUUUUCAACGAUCUGUGGGAGUAUCGCUUCCGUGAAAAAAAGUGGCGUCAAGUUUCUGCCAAUGGUUCUGUACCCCCUCCGCGCAAGGAUCACCUGGUUACCCAAGUCAAGGAUCACAUUAAGCAUCCAUUUUGA